AUGGGCCUACAAAUAGAUUUAAAAAGAACCAAAAUAAUGGCCUCAAUACCCAACAACAGAGCAUUGGUACCCAAUUUACUGGACGUGGGUGAAUGUAAUCAAGAUAAACUUCCAACGGUUCAAACUCAGGCCGGAUCUGCAGAAAAAAAAGCAUGCAAGCAAGAAACGGAAGCAGGACAGAGUUCUUCAGAUAUGGACAUUGAUCCUGAGGUACCGAAAAGUCCAUCUUCGCCAGUUUGCUCUACGAAUGAUAAUCUAAGUUCAUACGAUAUAGGAUUAUUCAGAUAUGAUGGCGCGAGAGCGGUUAGCGGAGAAUUCCAUGGAGCCCAAGCUGUUGUCAGAGAGCGUUAUCCACUCGCGCUCUACUCCCAUUGUGCGGCUCACAGCUUUAAUUUGGCAGUCAGCUCUGCAUGCAAUAUAACAGCAAUCAGAAAUUGUUUGGGAACCCUCGAAAGCAUUCAUACUUUCUUCAUCUAUCCGAAACGCCAAAAUGCUCUUCAAGAUGCGAUCAAUGAAGAUGAGACGCUACGUGAAAGUCGGUUGAAGAAAUUGAAAAAAUUUUGCAAAACCAGAUGGGUAGAGCAACACGAGUCUGUCGCAACUUAUCUGCACUUACAACCAGCAGUAAUUCGCGCUCUUGAUGUGAUUUCGACCACCUGGAAGGAUCCGACGACUUCAUCUGGAGCUUUCCAACUUCUUUCAGCAAUAAAAACUGCAAAUUUCCAGAUCUCCAUGCAUAUUUUGAGCUCAGUACAUUCUUUGACUUUGUCUCUCAGUCGAGUACUUCAGUCCGAAAACCAGGAUCUUGGCGAGGCUAUCGAACUGGCUGAUGCUGCGAAACAAGUCCUGCUUGAAAGAAGAGAAAACGCCGAAAAGGACUUCAGAGGAAUUUUCAAAACCGUGAGCGAAAUCAGCGCAAAAUACGACAUCGAACUGCGGAAACCAAGGCUCGCGUCAAAACAGACUCAACGCUCCAACGUACAAACUGAUUCAGUUCAAGAUUAUUUUCGCAUAACGAUUUACAUCCCAUACAUUGAUUUGUUUCUGACCCAUAUACAAGAUCGAUUUUUGAAUCACCGCAAAAUUUUAUCAAACUUUGCUUGCCUCUUCCCCAACAAAAUGAAGAAUUUCAAUGAAGAAUCCUGCGCUCAACUGUUUGAACCAUACUCUUCAAUUUUGCGGGAUGAUUCCCGUGACAUCUGGGUAGACGAAGUCAAACUUUGGCGUCAACGCAUCGCCGGAAAGAACGUUAAAAAUUCGCUUGAAGCACUCGAUGUGUGCAAUGGAGAUGCGUUUCCAAAUGUACAUCAAAUGCUUCGCAUUUUGGCAGUUCUGCCUGUAACGACAGCAACGAAUGAACGCUCCUUUUCAACAUUGCGUCGCCUCAAGACUUACCUCAGGUCAACAAUGUCUGAAGAUCGGCUGAACGGAUUAGCUUCGCUCAAUAUACAUCGCGAUGUCGAGGUCGAUCCGCAAAGAGUUUGGGAGAAGUUUUUUUCUACACCUCGCAGAGUUAAUUUAUUAUAUAAUAACUGAAUAUCAAGUCAAGACCAAGACACAAUAAAAUGUCUUCAUUUAUAAGAAAAGUUUCUUAUUAUUUUUUAUUAACUUCAUAACCUAACAUGAUACACAUAUGUCAAAACCCCCCCAUAAACGAAUUCUGCGCACGGGCCUGUAUCAGAGAACAAGGACCACAGAGAAACGACACAACCGCACUAAAAACGUGUACCGUUUUUGAAGACGCAUGCGCGAACCUGGUUGCUUUAAGUAUCACCAGCAUGCUAAUUCUGUCCCUCCUGGUUGUUUUACGAUAGUCCGUAGGCGUGUAUGGUAAAUACUCGACUUAAAAGUUUGUUUGAUCAUUUAUAUAAUUAUAAUAGUUAAAAUGUCUGGUUACUCGUAUGUGUUUCACGGAUGUUCAUCUGCGACAGGAAGAGAAAUAAGUUUAUUUAGAUUUCGUAAGAAUAAUAACAGGUAAUUGUAAUUGCUUUGUAAUUUUUACAUAAGUAUUAGUUAUUACGUAUCUAAUAGUCUUAAUUUGACUUGAUUAAAUAUUAUUGAUAAUAAAUCAUGACGAAAGUGAUUCAUUUUCUUGAAUUUAAUUACCCCUACGUAAUGCAUAAAAAACUAAACUUCGCUCUGCCAAGCAAGGGAUAUUUCAAAUUAAAAAUAUUAAAUUUGGUGUCAGACGCAAGUCUACGAAGGGUCAGCCAGGUCAAAAAUUCAACAGAUGUUUUCCGUAUGUUAUCGCACUCCAAGAUAUCCUAUUUUUACGAAAUAAAAAAAUAUAAAGAGUUCUAUACACGAGAAUUUCUUAUUUAAACGACAAAAACAAAGUACGAUUCAAACAAAAAUUGUUGGAAACAUAA